CAUAUUCAAUACCCAUGUUACUCCUCCUGUCCUCGCACUCAGUCUCUCAUGUGCUCUCUCUCUCUCAUCAUCAUCAAAAAACACCACAUCUCACCUGCCCCCAAUCCUUCUCUCUCCUCCAUUUAAUCCAUGGUGCAAAGCCCCAAUCAGUGUAGAUGAAGAGAACAAAGGGCCUAAAGCUACUGUAAUUCGGUCUUGUUAGCUCACUAAAAGCCCUGAGCUCAAGCUCUGAGAAAUGGGUUUGAAGUGGGGUUCAUGGGUUUGCAGUAUUUGGGUUUUCUCAGCACUGUGUUUCAAGGUCUGCACAGGAGAUUCAGGAGCUUUGUCUGUUGUUUUCAAGAGGAGACCUCUAAGUGCAACAAGAGAGAGAAAGGCUGAGUUCUGGUUUGAGGUUUUGAAUGGGAGGAAUGGAAGCUCUUGUGGCAAUUGCAGUGUACAAUGCAAGCUUGAUGAGGGUAAUUACAGCGUUUGCGAUUCAUGGAGAGCUUCCUACGAAGGUUUGGUUGAUGGAGAUCACAGCUUUGAGGUCUGCAUCAAUGGAGCCUCCUGCACGACCUUUAAUUGGACUGUUGAUACCAUUCCUCCUACUGCAUCUGUUACGGGGGAGAUGGCAUUUACGAGCGGUUCACAUGUUAGAGUCCAAAUUGCUUUCAGCGAGGCGUGCUCUAGCCAUGGAGGUUUUAAGUGCUCGUCCCCCAAUUCUUGUAAUGUGCUUGUUUAUGGUGCAGGCCAUGUAAUUCCAUCCUCUUUAACAGUCCUCGAGCCAAACCUUAAAUAUAGUCUCAUUGUAGAACUAUCAUCUGAUGUUGAUUAUGGAAGAAUAAUACUGGUGAUGGACAAGGAUUUCUGCACAGACCUUGCUGGAAACACAUUCACCCGUGCUGCAAAUUCAAGCUUUUUCGUUCAUUUUGAUAGGAGGCCAGUGACUGUAAACUUGACAACCCAUAUACCUGAGAAGUUCUUGGAACUUGAGAAUGAGACAAGGAGAGUUGAUGCCACAAAUGACAACAAAGAUUUGAGAAUUUAUUUGGAUUUUUCGGAACCCAUUUUAAAUUCUUCUUCGGAAAUAUUGAGUGUUCUUCACACUAGUAAUGGUUUCCUUAUACCUACUCGCCGAAGGAGCCUUGGAAACCGUCGCUUUGGCUAUCUGGUGCAAAACAUUUCAACUAUUGCAGUGGUGACAAUAAAUCUAGAGUCAAGCUCUAUAAUUAGUAGACAGGGGACUCCUGUUUCUCCAAUUGAUCCUAUCAUCUUCUUAUACGAUUCUCAAAGGCCUUCAGUAAGGCUUAGUACAACAUCAAACAUAAGAACUCGAGAGCAAAGCAUGCCAGUAGUUAUUAAAUUCAUGAAGCCAGUGUUUGAUUUCAACUCCUCUUCCAUAUCCAUAACAGGGGGCCACUUGCAAAGUUUUGAUGAAGUGAGCAGGAAUUUGUACACUGCAUAUGUAAAAAUUGAUUCCAGUGCAGUAACAAUUGAAAUUCCUGAAAAUAUAACAGGUGAUGUAGCGGGAAAUAGAAAUACUGCAUCGAACCUUCUACAAGUGAGCCAUUAUUCGGUACCAAUGGUCUCGAUCGUGGCAUAUACCAUUACAACUGCUAUAUUUGGUGUGACGUCUUUUGCAGCUGGAUUGCUUACAAUUUCUACUGCAAGCCUACAGGCUUCAGGGGUUCUCCAAAGGCCCUCAUCUUCCUAUUUGACUUCUGAUCCCUCUCGAAAUCUAAUAAGAAUGGCUUUCCACAUUCAAGUUUUUGCACUGUCAAGAUGGCUGGCUUCUGCCAUGCCUGUUGAAUUCUACGAAUUUUCAAGGGGUCUACAAUGGAGCAUUCCUUACAUUAGGGUCCCAUGGGAAAGUCACAAUGUUCAUUUCAUCAUGCUAGCUUCUAAGUUUCGUUCAAAUAAUGUGGGAUCCCACAUCCUGAACUAUGGGAAAAUGAAAAAAAUCCUGACGGACUCAUUGGGUUUUGGGCGACCGCUUACUGCUAUGGAGUACAACAUAUUCUUUGAGAGUAUGAAUAUGAAACCUGAAGCGGAGUUAGAAUUAAAUCCGAAGAGCCCUGAUGGUUGGAAGGAGUUUGGUUGGAACAUGUUUUGGUUAGCCAUAAUUGGGGUUGGUUUGAUGCUGCUUCAUUUUUUACUCCUUUUGCUCCUUAAAUGGAAAGGAAAUUCCAUGGUGGGAAAGCAAAAGGACUAUGGAGCAGUUGUAUUGUGGAGAUUUGAAAUUUUCUUGAUUAUGCUCGCAUUACCAUGUAUGUGUCAAGCAGCAGCAGCACUAAUGAAAGGAGGAUCAACGGCAGGAGUCACAGUAGGAAUCCUAGUACUUGGAAUCCCAGCCUUCUUCCUCCUCUCUCUACUCAUUUUUCUUUCACUGGGAAUCACAUUGGGUAAGCUUCUCCAGUACAAAGAAAUACAUCAAGAAGAUCAAGACCUCCAUUGUUACCAUGACCUUAUAAGAGUCUCUCUGGGCCCAGGCAAGAGAGGCCAAUGGACAUGGAAGAACAAUCCAAACUCAACCCACCUCACAACCCUUGGCCCUCUCUUUGAAGACCUGAGGGGCCCACCAAAGUACAUGCUCUCCCAAUUUUCUGGGGAAACUUCCAGCAAAAGACAUGGCCAAAUUAUCCCUUCCGAUGAUGAAACAGAAGAUGCAGAGGCAACUGCCAUUCAGAAACUCUUCGGUAUUCUUCGUAUAUAUUACACGCUCCUUGAAUGCAUUAAGAGAGCGGCACUUGGUUUGGCUGCUGGUGCUAUUUCUGGCAAACUUCCGGUAAGAAUUCCAGCCAUUGCAGUGUUCUCAAUUGCUGGAUUCCAACUUGUCUUUCUCACUAUAAAGAAGCCAUUCAUUAGAAAGAGAAUGCAACUUGUUGAGAUUGUAUCAGUUGCCAGUGAGGCCAUUAUAUUGGGUGCAUGCAUGACUGUGAUUGUAAAGGCAUACAAAGUCCAAGACCAAAAAGCAGUUGGUAUAUUCUUCAUUUCUCUCGCUAUGAUUGCAUUUCUUACACAAGUUAUGAAUGAGUGGUGGGCCCUGAUUAUGCAAAUUCGUCGGUUAAGCCCCGAUGAGAAGUCCUUUGGACGUGGACUGAAGAUGGGUUUUGUAGGGUUGGUGAGUUUUGUAGUUCCUUUUGAGGUUUUGCAGAGUUGGUUUGGAGAAAUAAAGUUGGAUUAUAGAGAGGGGGAGAGAGGAGUGAGUGAGAGUGGAGAGAGAGUGAGUGGGGUGAGGUCAUCAAGGGGGUCAGGAGAGAAGCCAUGGAUGAGGCAACUGAGAGAUUUGGCAAAGGCAAGCUUUGGCCAUGGACGUGAUGAGGCUGGCCCCUCAAACCCAAGGUGGUUUAGGAGCAGCAAUAAGAGUAGGAGCAGUUCAGGGAGCAAUAAUCCUUUCUCCAUGGAUCAGAGGAGGUCUAGAGGACUAUACAAAGAUUUUGAGAGCCUUUUCUUCACAAGAUAAUAAGGUGAGAACUCUCUAGAGAGCUAAAGAGUUAUUUAAGAGCACUUUGUCAGAUAAAUUAUUAGAUGAGGGCACUCGUGUCCUUUUGGAAAUGUUGGAGCAUCCUAAUAAUCCUUUCAUAAAACAGUGAUUUACGAGCAUUUUGUCAGAUAAAUUAUUAGGUGUGGACACAUAUGUCUUUAUGGCAGAGUUCAUGGGAAAUAGAUACUUUCCCAUGGAUGAGGAGUCAUGUCUAGAGGGACUCUGCACUGCUUGCUGUAUACAAGGAGUAUCAGAGCAUUUUCUCUGAAGAUUAAUUAGGUGAGGACCUGUGUCUCUCUGGAUAUUAAGGCCAUUAUCUAUGAUUUGGGUCAUGGGUAGCCAACACAUGUCAAUUUAGGAGAGUUUGACAUUGUCUAUUUAUUGUGUAUAUUGUUGGUAUUAUUUCGCCCCUGAAUUUGAGAUCUGAUGGGCAUUGGUUCAUUUUUGUAAUUGUAGUAUUGUUAUCAAUACUCAAAAGGGCUGGAGUUUGGUGGUAACUCCCCCAUUAACUGCUUAAUAUGAUAGAUAUACAUUCACUACCAAGAAAAUUUGUGGCUUGUCCUCCUGUGGUAGAAAGAUUUAUACAAUUCGUACCGAUGCAUGAGUCCAAUGGCAUUGUCUUUACAGAAUUCGUGUUGGAUAUUUGAAUUAUGUUGACCUGCUUGUUCUCUA